AUGCAAAAAGCCCGUCGUACAUCAUACAAUCUAGCGUUCAAACUUAAAAUAGUCGCCGAAGCAGAAGCCGUCGAGAACAACUCUGAGAUUGCGAGGGAAUACGGCAUCAGUGAGUCAAUGGUUCGUCGCUGGAGAAAAGACCAAGAAAACCUCUUCAACGGUGAAAUAAAACUGUCCGCAAAACGUAAAACAAUGGGCUGUUUUACACCAAAGUAUCCCGAGAUGGAUCAAAGACUGCUGGAAUGGUUUUCCGAGCAGAGAAGUCAAGGUGAGAAUCAUUUUCUAAGAGGAAAUGAUGACAGGAACUCAGAAGUGAAGCAUGUUGUUUAUGGAGUGUUAACAAGAUUCUUACGAUUUCUGCCACAAACACACCAGGGUGGGGUGUGCAUGAGACUAGAGGUGUUUGGAGUAGAAAAAGCGUCAACUUGUGAAUCAGAAGACAUUGGUUUGGCCUCUGGUGGUACAAUUCCAGACAGCAGCUUCUCUGCCUCCUCGUAUUUCAAUAGUGCCUAUAAACCCUCUUUUGGUAGACUAAAUGGAGCUAAUCGGGGCUGGUCGCCCAAGACCAAGACCAAUCUUGCUGACUUCCUACAAAUUGACCUGCUAUAUGAGUACGUUAUUUGUGCUGUGGCUACCCAAGGAGCUAAUGGUAUAAGCGAGUGGACAACAAACUACAAGACUCAGUUAUCAAUGGAUGGUAUCACUCCUGUCACCUACCAAGAAACCAAUGUUGACAAGGUCUUUCCCGGGAACUCAAACCAAAAUGGCAUCGUUAAAAACAAUCUUCGUGAGUUUUCAAGUGCAAAGUUUAUCCGCUUUCAACCAACAACAUACCACAGUUGGAAGUCUCUGAGAGUAGAAGUUUAUGGAGUACUUCUAACUAAAGUUCCCUCGCAACCUCCUACUGCCUUCAAUUUGACUGCGAGCUCUUCUACCAGCAUCACAGCUUCCUGGCAGUUACCACCAAUCUUUGCCAGGCAUGGAAGAAACAUUACAGGGUUUAAACUGUUUUACAGAGAGAAGUGCUUUUCCGGGUCUUUUUCCUUCUUAAAUAUUACCAGUGAAUCGACAUUAAGCAGACUUGUGACUGGGCUCCAAAAGUACACAGAAUAUGAAUUUCAAGUCCUAGCAUAUAGUUCUGAUGGUGAUGGACCGAAGAGCCCUGUCAAGGUGGAGAGAACACAGGGAGAUGGUUGUGUUCAGAAUGAUCUUGGAAUGGAGGGUAGAAACAUUCCAGAUAGUAGGAUAACUGCUUCUUCUUCCAGGACACCAGCUGAGAAUGGUCGACUAAACUAUGUAUUAGGAGCACCAUGGUGUGCAGAAACAAAUGACACUAGCCCUUAUCUACAGAUUGAUCUACAGACACUUCAUAUAAUCUGUGCUGUGUCCACACAAGGGAAUUCUAAAGCAGAUCAGUGGGUGAAGAACUAUACACUACAAAUAUCCACGGAUGGGACAACUUGGACAGACUACAUGGAAGGUGGACAAGUCAAGUUUCUGAGAGGAAAUGAUGACAGGAGUUCAGAAGUGAAGCAUGUUGUUUAUGGAUUGUUAACAAGAUAUCUACGAUUCCUGCCACAAAUACACCAGGGUGGGGUGUGUAUGAGAACAGAGGUGUUUGGAGUGAAACAAAAGCCAAUUCCAUCACAACCUCCUACGGCCUUCAAUUUGACUGCAACCUCUUCUAUCAGCAUUACAGCUUCUUGGCAGCUACCACCAAUCUUUGCCAGGCACGGAAGAAACAUUACAGGGUUUAAACUGUUUUACAGAAAGAAGGACUUAGCAGGGUGUUUUUCCUUCUUGAAUAUUACCAGUGGAUCUACAUUAAGCAGACAUGUGACUGGGCUCGAAAAGUACACAGAAUAUAAAUUUCAAGUGUUGGCCUACACAUCUGAGGGUGAUGGACCAAAAGGUUCUGUUGAAGUGGAAAGAACAAUGGAAGAUGCUCCUUCGCGACCUCCAUCUAACUUCUAUGUCACUGCAACUUCUUCCACCACUGUUACGGCAUCAUGGCAACUACCAUCAGUAGACUCCAGAAAUGGAAUUAUUAAAGGAUUUAAAGUGUUUUACAAAAGGAAAGACUCUUCAGGGUCAGGAAUCAUCCUUACUAUCAACGGUGGAUCAACUUUCAAGAAAAAUGUCACUGGUCUUAAUAAGUACACAGAAUAUGAAUUUCAAGUGUUGGCCUUUACUUCUGUUGGGGAUGGACCAUAUAGCUCUAUGGUUGUUGAGAGAACAAACGAAGAUGUUCCUUCACAGCCUCCUGGUAACUUUACUUCAACUGCAAGCACUUCUACUAGUAUAACAGCAUCCUGGCAGUUACCACCAGCAGACUCCAGAAAUGGAGUCAUAACAGGAUAUAAAUUGUUUUACAAAAAGAGAGGCAUUUCAAGGCCAGCAAGGAUGCAGCCCAUUAACAAUCAGGCAACUCACACUCAAGAGGUGACUGAGCUGAACAAGUUCACGGAAUAUGAGUUUCAAAUAUUGGCAUUCACUUCUGUUGGAGAUGGACCAAAAAGUACAACUAUUUUUGAGAAAACAAAGGAGGCUGCUCCCUCAGGACCUCCCUCUCAGUUUAAUGUCACUGUGAACUCUUCAACCAGUAUUAUAGCUUCAUGGCAUUUACCACCCGAGGAAUCCAGACAUGGAAUCAUAAUAGGAUAUAAAUUGUUCUACAAAGAGAAAGACUCGGGUUUUGGAACCUUCUUGACUAUCAACAAUGGAAAAACAUCAAAAAGAGUCAUAAACCUUGAUGAAUACACUGAAUAUGAAUUUCAAGUGUUGGCCUUUACUUCUGCUGGUAAUGGUCCGAACACUUCUUCUGUGUUCACAAAAACUAUGGAAGAUGCUCCCAGUGCGCCUACGUCUUUGGCUGUUGUUGAUGUGCCACCCAGCAAUUUACAUGGUCCAAGAAUAACCUUGUCCUGGAGUAAGCCUACAGAGCUAAAUGGAGUUAUCAGAGGUUACAAUUUAUUUUACAGUCACGGUGGAGGUGCACCAAAAGGGAUUCCUGUAAUGGACAAAGAUACAUUGAGACACACGGUCGAUGUGUUGGGUGGAAUGACUUAUCGUUUUCAUGUCAGAGCUGUGACUGUUAAACCUGGAGUAAAUGGGACGAUAACUGUAACUACCAAGGAAUAUGAACCCAGUGUUGGCCCAGAUUCUCUUUUUUCCUCUCAAUUGAACAAGACGACUUUUAACAUUUCAUGGGAACCCCUUCAGAAUGAAAUGAGUUAUGGAAGAGUUAUUUUGUAUGAAGUCAGGGCCGACGUUUGGUGGACAGCACAUUUUCACAACUGGUUUGCUCCCAAUAACCUCACUGCCAAUACGUCGGAAACUUUUGUUGUCCUGUUUGACCUCAUGGUUUGUUAUAAAUAUAAUAUCUCUGUUCGAGCUUACACUGGAGCGGGGCCUGGGCCGUAUAGCGAGCCUCUGGAACUGGUAACAUCAUCACAAACACCGGGGGAAUUUAGAGCAACAAGCUAUGGAACAACCCACGUUACACUGACGUGGAAACAUUCCAACAGUAAAGAGUUAGUUACCUAUACUGUGAAUUACAAUGGUACAAAGUUUUACGAUAAAAGCUUCAAACAUGUUGGUGCCCAAAAAACAAAUUCAACAACGUAUGCAGUGAGAGGUUUAUUUCCAGGCACUUCAUACAAAUUUGAGAUUUAUGGCUCCUCUGACUGUGGAAAAACUGCAAACAAAAGUGUCUACAUCACAACACACAUCAUGGCUCCUAAUUCCCCUUUACCACUUAAUAUGACCGAUGUUGAGGUUUCUGGCACAGCUGUUGAUAUUUAUCUGUGGCCUGUUGAACAAGAAAAUGGCCCCAUAAGUGCUUACCAGGUCAUUGUUCUGAAAGUCGUGGAUGGUGUUGAAGAGCUUCCGGGCGAUUAUGGUUCGCAACUGAAAGCUGCUAGUGAUGCAAAGAAAGACUACUUUGACUUUUAUAUUGCUGCUGAGAUAGAAAAUGUACCAGUGAUUGAAAAACCUUGGAAAUUUACUGUUGGUGACAGUGAAAAAACUGCAAAUUAUAAAAAUGAAAUACUUGAAAGCGGAGAGAAUUACAUUGUGUAUGAAAGAGCUUUGACUAAGACAAAGGAUGUAAUCUUAGAAGGGAAAGCCAGCAAAGUUGCUAAAAUUACAAUCAGUCCAGGUAAGAUUUCUUAUGGGCGGUCGAGACUUUAA